AUGUGUCAUGUGAAGUACGAUUAUAGCCAUCAAAGGAUGCAUACGCCAGAUUCAAGUUGCACAGAUGAUAAUAUGGAUAUGGGAAGUGAUUCGGCGUUGGAUGAUAAUGUUUUGUCACACAAUGACGAUCGCAAGAAGAGACCAAGAACGGCAUUCUCAGCAGCUCAAAUCAAGGCGUUGGAAGGAGAAUUUGAGCGUGGAAAGUAUUUGUCGGUAGCGAAGAGGACAGCCUUGGCGAAACAAUUGCAUUUGACAGAAACACAAAUCAAAAUCUGGUUCCAAAACCGUCGCACAAAAUGGAAGCGCAAAUACACCUCCGACGUCGAAAACCUCGCAUCCCAUUAUUACUCUCAACUUGGCAUCGGAUUCGCUCGUCCCAUGGUUGUUGGCGAUCGUUUAUGGGUUUUCAGUCAACCGCCUGGAGCUCCUCCAACGCCAGUUCAAUCCGUUUUACUCAACAACGCUCCGCCGAUGAUUCCUGCGCCUGCCCCUCGUUCCCCAGUUGACAUGUUCAACGCUACUCGCAAUGCCUUGUUAUCUCGCGGUCAAAGUCAAUUCCUGAAUCGACCUCCGACUUUUGCGGGACGUUCCUAUUUACCUUCACGAGGACUUCCUCAAGGUCAAUUUCCGGGUUUUUAUCCUCCGCAAGUUUCGCCGAAUGAAAUGCAUCAACAAGGAAAGUUCGGACCUUCGUCAUUUGUAGCGGCGAGUACUUCAGAUUCGGGCAUAAAAGAGCUUGAACGAGUUUUUGGAAAUCCUGAAGCUGUUGUCAGUAAUGGGAUUAAUGGAAUAACGGGAAAUGAAGAGAAAAUCGAUGAAAAUGAGGAAAAAAGUAUUCAAAGCCCGAAAUCUGAUGAAAUUAAUUGUGAAACGUUGGAAAAUGAUGAUUGCUCGGAAGAGCUCGUUGAUUUAUGA